UUCCGAGGACUUGGGACCUGUUAGCUUGGCUGGAAGACUGGCAAAUUCGUCCUUCCUCGGUGUAGAUACCCGGACUGAGAAAUUGGUUCCGAAUCCAACGGAACCCAGCGCUGGGCUACGCCGUGUCACGUGGCCGGCGGCCCCCAUGACGUGGGGGUUGCGGGGCGUCUUUACGACGUUCCGGAGACCUGCCGAGUGGGCAGCCCACAUCCGUCGCCUGUGUAGUCGCGGUGCUGCCAUGGACUUGGGACCCAUGCGCAAGAGUUACCGCGGAGACCAAGAGGCAUUUGAGGAAACUCAUCUGACCUCUCUGGACCCAAUGAAACAGUUUGCUGCCUGGUUUGAGGAGGCUGUUCAGUGUCCUGACAUAGGGGAAGCCAAUGCCAUGUGUCUGGCUACCUGUACCAGAGAUGGAAAACCAUCUGCCCGCAUGUUGCUGCUGAAAGGUUUUGGCAAAGAUGGCUUCCGCUUCUUCACUAACUUCGAGAGUCGAAAAGGAAAAGAGCUGGACUCUAAUCCCUUUGCUUCCCUUGUCUUCUACUGGGAGCCCCUUAACCGUCAGGUGCGUGUGGAAGGCCCUGUGAAGAAGCUGCCCGAGGAGGAAGCUGCAAGCUACUUCCACUCUCGCCCCAAGAGCAGCCAGAUUGGGGCUGUGGUCAGCCACCAGAGUUCUGUGAUCCCUGAUCGGGAGUAUCUGAGAAAGAAAAACGAGGAACUGGAGCAGCUCUACCAAGAUCAAGAAGUGCCUAAGCCAAAAUACUGGGGUGGCUACAUCCUGUACCCACAGGUGAUGGAGUUCUGGCAAGGCCAGACCAACCGCCUGCAUGACCGCAUUGUCUUUCGGAGGGGCCUCUCAAUAGGAGAUUCCCCUUUGGGGCCAAUGACUCACCGUGGGGAGGAAGACUGGCUCUAUGAGAGACUUGCACCUUGACUCUGGAUCUGCCAGGUGCUGAGGUCAGGUGCUGAGAGGGUGUGAGAUUGGGAACCAGGCCCUUCUACACUCAACCCAUUUCCCUCCUCACCCUAUAGUUAACUCUGCAGAGCACAUCCUCCAAGGUGUCUGUACUUAGUUGGCUCUCAGUUAGCUGAUCAAAUGGAGUGUAACAGUGUCACAGAGAAUCACAAAUGGGAAAUAAUCCCAUAAUUAUUUUCUUAAAGUUGCACAUGAUUUAUUGGAAUAGCUCCCUCUAGGGGUAGCAGCUGGUGUAUAGGCAUCACCAGCUGUUACCAUGUCAGCCAUGGUAGCCAAAGCUGAUUGGUUCCUUUGUAGGUACCUGCCGCCAUCUAGCCAAUCAGAUUGUCUUAUUGAUAAUUUGAAAUUUGGCCAAUGGAUGGUUCACACCUACAAACCCAGCAUUUUUAGAGGCUCAGGCAGUAGGAUUCGUGGAGUGUAGGAGUUCAAGACCAGCCUAGGCAGCAAGACCAGCCUAGGCAGCAUACCCUGUCUCUAAAAAAAAAAAAAUUGGAAUUUGAAAUGCAGAGAUCCAAAUCCUUGUGAGUCAUUAUAGCCAAGUCAUUAAUGUCAACCAAGAAGCAACAGCCUCUGGCUGCUGCUGUUGCAAUUCCCUGAACCACCCUGAUUCCCUCCUUCCCAAGUCUGUGUUGUGCAAUCCUCUUCUUGCCUCAAAACACACCCCACUAUCUCUGUAAACUUUAUUUUUUUUUUGACUUAAACUAGCUGAAAUUGA